CCCACUCUGUCCUGUGCUUCGGGAGCAGAUUACCUCCGGAGACACUGAUCACCCGACAACUGUGGUGGGUGACAGUAGUGAGUGACAGCUCUCGGACCUGGACGGCGUGAGCGCGAUGGACAGUUUGUAACUUUGCUUUUGUAGUGGAACGUCAAGUCCACAUUCACGGACCAAACUACGUACGGGACUAUGCCCAGUGCCGAUACAAGUUCAUCAGAAGUAGAGAGAUAUAACAUCUGCGGCGAAAUGGCGGAGCGUGGCAGCGAUGGUAACAACAUCCUCAGCCUCCCGGUACCGAUGCGGCGGGGGGGCUCUGAGUCCAACCUGGUGUCUGACGGGGGCGAGGGGGGCGUGGGCCUGGACUUCACUAAGGGCCGUCUGGCCAUCGACAGCCUGCAGCAGAAGAUACUCAAGGUGACAGAGCAGAUCAAGGUGGAACAGACAGCCAGGGACCAGAACGUGGCAGAGUACCUCAAACUGGUCAACAACGCUGACAAGCAGCAGGUGGCACGCAUACGCCAGGUGUUUGAGAAGAAGAACCAGAAGUCUGCCCACAGCAUCGCCCAGCUGCAGAGGAAGCUGGAGCAGUACCACCGUCGUAUGAAGGAGGAGGCCAACGGGGCCAAGCACCCGCCCAGGGAUGCCCGGGGGGAGGGGGGCAAGGAGGGCCAAAAGGACGGCAGCCUGCGGGACGUCAGCACGGCCAGCGCGCGCAACCCGGCAAUGGACAAGGUCAAGACCAUCGGCCCCGGGGUCUCCCUCUCGCCCCCCUUCUUCUUCAACAAGUCGCGGGAGUUCGCCAACCUCAUCCGUAACAAGUUUGGCAGCGCAGACAACAUUGCCCACAUGAAGAGCUCCAUGGAGACGGGGGUGGGGCUCCAGGCGGAAGGCGGAGCCGGGGCCCGGGCGCUGAGCGGCAGCGCCACCACGAUUGCCAAGGCCAAGUACCCCAGCGACGACGAAUGUUCCACGGGGACCUCUGUGUCGGCAGACUCCAACGGGAACCCGGCGGGGGGGUCGGGGUUGGGGUCAGGGGGUGGGCCGGGGAGGUCAGACUCUCAAGCGAGGCUGGGGGAGGUGCUGGAGGAGGUCAGGGAGAUUAGAGAGGCCCAGGUACAGCUGGCCGAGGACAUGGUGUCACUGAAAAGCCAGUUCAAGAGCGACUACAGCUUCAUCACACAGACGCUGCAGGAGGAGAGAUACAGGUUUGAGCGGUUAGAGGACCAGUUAAAUGACCUGACAGAGUUGCACCAGCAUGAGACCAGUAACCUGAAGCAGGAGCUGGCCAGCAUCGAGGAGAAGGUGGCUUACCAGGCCUAUGAGAGAGCUAGGGACAUCCAGGAGGCUCUGGAGUCGUGUCAGACGCGUGUCUCUAAGCUGGAGCUCCAGCAGCAGCAGCAGCAGACGGUACAGGUGGAGAACACAGACGCCAAGGUGCUGCUGGGGAAAUGCAUCAACAUCAUGCUGGCCAUCGUCACGGUGAUCCUGGUGUGCGUUUCCACGGCGGCCAAGUUCACCGCACCCCUCCUGCGGAGCCGCAUGCACCUGGCUUUCACCUGCAUGGGUUUGUCCCUACUGGUGGUCAUCUGGAAGAACUGGGAGCACCUACAGUGUGCCCUGGAACGCAUGCUCCUCCCACACUGAGCUAGACUCCUCCCAUGUUAAGCUAGUCUCCACCCAGUCUGAGUUUGUCCCCCUCACACUGUGGGUUUGGCACCACCCACACCGAGCUUGCGACUUUGGAACUCUGUGACGUUGUCAUAGUGAUAGAUUAAAUGGGGCGGUGUUUACAAUGUAGCCUUACACCCCACCACCCUCGUGUCUCUCCCCCUCUCUGUCUUUUGGAGUUUGGGCAGAACUCCUUGAGGGAAAUUGUUUCUAAACGGUGCCAGUGUGCCACUACAGUACAAAUGACAGGAAAGCAAGACUGACCAAUCAGAUGGUGGCUACAGAGGAAGCAGGACCAGUCACAUACAGUAUUAUUGUGGACACUGGUCUUUGUGUGGUUGUCAAUCUCAAUAGGACAUUGAACUGCACUAUACAGGUGGUAAGCUUUACGUAUAACCUUUAUAGGGGAAACAAGGGGUCCCUCGAUUGGUUCCCUGUCUUUUGCGGAGUCGUACUUACAUCACCUUAAUUACACUAACACACUGACAGUAUUAAAGACCUCUGGCUCUGAUCCACACACAGUCUCACUCCCACCCCCUCCAAGCCACUAUGAUACACAUUUACCCACACUCACACUGACAGGAAUGAGACUUGUGUGUCAGUGUAUGUACAGGGGGUGGGGGUGUUCUCCAUGUGAGAGAGCUUUGUCUGUGUGUACCUGUAUUGUCAAGUGAUGAAAUGUUUUAUAAUUGAAAAGACAAAGGACAAUGUUUCUUUUUUAAAGUGUAAUAUUUGUCUGAGUGUCCGUGAAGGGUGGUUCAUUUAUUUACAAAGGAAUGGUUAUGAACUGCAGGACUGCCCCUUGUUUCUGUGUACUGGUGUGCGGGUUUGUGGAUAAAUGGUGUCUUAUGUACUCUAUAUAGUCUAUUAACAGAUGCAGUGGAACUGCCACGGGUCUAGUCUAUAAGGGGUGAAUUCACCCCAUGAGUUGUGUGUUCUCUCUCACAAAGGAAAUGCAUAGACUGACCCUUUAGCCGCCAACAUGCUAACUGUGUGAGUGAUUGGAUCUGGGGGGAGGUAACCUCUGACCUGACACACAAACCUCAUUUCUGAUUCCUCCUUUAAUAUUGAUGAAAAUGUCAUUGUUGUGAAAUAGGAAUUAAGCUCUGUUCAGAGUGGGCUGAACAAAGGAUUUGACUUCUACCAAAUGGUUCAGGCAGAUUUCAACACAUUUUAUUUGUUUUUUCUGAAAUGUUUAAUAUUUUUUUGCCUUUUUACAAUGAGAACAGAACAAAAUGAACAUUCUAAAUGCCUUUGAUGCUAUCGUCUGAUUGGACAGAGAUGGGAGGGGUGGGUGGGAGGUGAACGAUGCAGCUCUGGCCCCACCCACUCUGUAAGCUACUUACCACUGUGAUGAGGAUGAUGGGGGCCAGGCCUAAUGCCUUUUCAAUGCAGCUUCUGUGUUAAACCUGAUAUUUUCUGUGCUUUGGUCUCUGCCUCUUUAAAAAGCCAAAUGUGGGUUGGUUCUAUGUGGCUGGUUGGCACCUUGAGUAAUAUAGUAUGUCAUGUCCUGAACCAUUGAUAUUUACACAGAGUUCCGGCUCUAUCCCAAAUCUAUCUAUUCCCUGUCUCUGUGUCUGGAGAGAGAGCCAUAUCCCAGAUUCACAGCCCAGGGACAAUAAUUCCGGUGUCUAGAUUCCGGUAUGUUAUCCCCUCGGAGUAGCAUUGCACAUUGUUGGUUUUAAUCCAGUUGUGGUUUUCCAAAACACAGUUUUUAAAACGAGAACAAAAAUAAAUCUUCCUUUUCUAGAAA